AAGAAUCAUUCGAGGAAAAGAAGCACCAGCUCUUAGACAGCACCGUUCAUCUGAUCUCUUUAUAUCUUCGACGGAAGUUUUUGUUUAUGGAGAGACACCAUAUUACUAUUCAGUAAUAACGUUCCUAGGAAAAAAAUCUUGAAGCACCGUUUUCUACAUACGAAACCCAAAACUUAUUGAUCCACUACUGUUGCUUUAACUCUUUUGAUUUCCAUUAUCAUCUUCUCAAUUACAUAGUAUUGGCAUACUGUAUUUACAUUAUACUAUUUCAAAUCUCGUCAUUACCAUUUCCAGUUUGAAUAUCGUCAUUGUUAUUCUGCACAUGCGUCUGUCCUACCAAAUUUGAUACCUUUUCACAAAUAAACAAGCCCCUAUAAGCUAUACACUGCAUACAAUAUAAAUCAUACCAUCAUGAUUACUAAGCCGCAGUUCUCGAAAAUCCCACUCUUCUCUUCCGUGAGACUCUAUGCAUCCACGUCAUCCGCAUCAUCUGCAUCUGCGAUAUACACACCGUUGUCGGAGUUCACGAAUAUCUACUACUCGAACAACACGGUAAACCAGUCUACCCUCAAUUUCAUAGGGCGUAGCUCUUCUUCUUCCUUAAGAUUCACCCCAAACUACAGAAUAUUGGCACCAACUUUACUAAAACAUUCCAGUACAAGAUCGAUCUAUUCUACGCCCUUGAGCACGUCUGAAACAAACAGAGUAAUUGAAAAAAAAUCUCCUCUAGAUGCUGUAUCUGGUAUAUGCCAUCCACCAGCAGAACCAUCUUCAAAUACCACUAGAGAUGGCGCAUCCUGCACCGCUAAGUCUCAUAUCCCCUUCGAGAUUAAAGUUAAGAGUCAGAAAAAGGAUGAUAGAUCUAUUCUCGAACAAUACAUGCAGGGUGAACCGAAAACUUUAAAACAGCUAAUGAACCCUUACAUGACAUUGACCAAACCUCAUUUGACAUUUCUAAUCAUGCUCUCAUCAAUUUGCUCUUAUACUCUUGCACCAAAUGCUGUGGACGUGAGCAAAUUCUUGUACUUAACAGUAGGUACUUUGAUGACAUCCGGUGCUGCUAACGCCAUUAAUAUGGGAAGGGAACCAAAUUUCGAUUCUCAAAUGGUGCGUACCUCAACCAGACCAGUUGUGACCGGUUUGGUUAAACCAAACGAAGCUUUUGGAUUCGCAGCCUUGACUGGUACAAUAGGAUGUGCCGUUCUUUACUAUGGUGUGAACCCUACAGUUGCUUCCUUAGCUGCUGCAAACAUAGUACUUUACAGUUGGUUUUACACGUCCUUGAAGCGUAAAUCUAUCCUCAACACCUGGGUUGGAGCAAUCGUCGGCGCCAUUCCACCAUUAAUGGGAUGGGCCGCAUGCUCUUCACUUACCGAUCCAGGUGCAUGGUGCUUAGCUUUGCUUCUAUACGCAUGGCAGUUUCCUCAUUUCAAUAGUUUGAGUCACAAUAUCAAAGCAGAGUAUAAACGUGCAGGUUAUGUCAUGACUGCAUUCGUCAAUCCAAACUUAAAUGCAAGAGUUGCAUUGAGAUAUUCCAUAGCAAUGUUCCCAAUCUGCUUUGCAAUGGUGUAUUACAAUGUCUGUGAUAUUUUCUUUGCAGUUGACUCGUCAAUACUUAACGCAUGGAUGACCUAUAACGCCUUCAAGUUCUGGUUGCAACAACGUCAUAACUAUUCCAAGAAUGUGUUGGAACACGGCGGCCCAACGAAGGGGGAGAUAGAUUUGGCCAACGUAUGGGCGAAAAAGACAUUCUGGAGUUCGAUUUGGCAAUUGCCUGUCGUUCUAGCGUUGGCCAUGAUACAUAAAGAAGGUCAAUGGGACCGUUUCUUUGGCACCUCCGAGGAACGGCCACUUGAAUGAUUACUUUUUCGUUGGUAAUACGCUUGUAUAUAAUUUACCAUCUUUUUCUCUCUAGUUCUACCUUUUAUUAUUCUACUAUUUGUACCUACCAAUAUAAACACACACUCAUGAUCCAUUAACCUUGCU